AUGGUCGAAUUUGUUAUCUCAAACUCUCUGCCUCCUAUGGACGGAGUGAAGAGUGAAAUUUCAAAGAAGACAGAUGCUCGAGAAGAUGCGGACAAGACGUUACGGGAGACGGAGGCGAGCUGCGAUACGCCUAAAAAGCCCUUAGCCUUCUACCUAACCUUCACUGGACUCAUUGUCGCAAUAUUUCUUUACUCACUUGAUGCUACGACUCUUGCUGUUGCUAUUCCAUACAUUGCGGAGGAUCUAGGUGGCUCAACUCUUGAGUCUUUCUGGGCGUCAAUGUCGUAUAUCCUACUCGUCGUUCUUACGCAACCGCUCUACACAACUUUCAGCGACAUAUUUGGCAGGAAGCCACUUCUGCUGGCCGCCUUCUUCUUUUUCGGCGUAGGCUCUCUCACUUUUGCACUUGCUCAGAACAUGACAACUAUCGUUGCGGGUCGAGCUCUUCAAGGUCUUGGUGGAGGAGGUCUUAAUGUACUAAGCGACAUCAUUGUUGCUGAUAUGACGACUCUUGAGGAGCGCUCUAAGUAUCUCGGCAUAAUGGUGCUUCCAAUUGCUACUGGGACUCUCCUUGGUCCAUUUAUAGGCGCCUGGUUCACUGAAUUCGCAACAUGGAGGUGGAUCGGGUGGGUGAAUCUACCAUUGGUAGGGGUCGCAUUCCCGCUAGUCUUCUUCUUCCUCCGCCUGCGAACACUGGAAGCAUCGUUCUUAACGAAGCUCAAAUCUGUAGACUGGGGUGGGGUCGGAUUGUUUGCUGUAGGAUGCGUCUCGUUCGUCUUGUCUCUUUCUUGGGCCGGAAAUUUGCACGUUUGGGGGUCUUGGAGAACAAUUCUUCCUCUAAUCAUUGGCGCUAUGAUACUUGCUAUAUUUGCGAUCUACGAGUCUAGGCCUGCAAAUCCGAUCGUGCCGCAUCGACUGUUCCAUUCGACGACGGCUAUUGCUACUUUGUGUGGAGCUUUCAUCAAUGGUAUGAUCAUGUUUACGCUCUUACAAUGGCUACCUCUGCUAUACCAAAGCGUUAUGCUACAGACUCUCAUCUCAUCAUCAUUGUCGCAACUGCCCGCCAGCAUCGCUAGCAUCGUAGCUGCCAUUAUUUCUCUCGUUGCCGUCGGUAAAAUUGGAAAAGGCUAUCUAAUGAGCUUGAGGGUCGCUUGGAUCUUAAUGACAAUUGGAUCAGGCUUGCUGAUUCUGUUUGACGCAGACUCAUCUGCAGGAAUGCGUUACGGUCUUCCUAUCAUCUACGGAGCAGGCAUUGGUGCUCUCCUCCGUGCUAUUCAACUGCCUAUGCAAGCGAGUGUACCAACUGUCGACGAUACCGGCCUCGCAAUCGGCCUUAUGCUCUCUUUUAGGUUGCUCGGAGGCCUUGUUGGACAGUCUAUUGGGUCUGCGAUAUUUAGUAGCGUUUUCGCUUCUUCGAUCAAAGACAUUGGAGUCCUUCCCAGUUCUUUGAUGUCCUUGCAUGCGAACAACGCAAUUGGUUUUAUACCGAAGCUGAGAAUGUUGGACCUUUCUUCUGAGACUCUUGCCCCAGUCUUAGAUGCAUAUCUAAACUCAAUACGAGCAAUAUUCUACACAACGACUGCGCUAGGAGCUUUGGGCUUAUUCUCAUCGUUCUUUACAAAGGAGUUAAGCUUGCAGAAUUCUGAUCUUGGUCGACAGCGUUUCGAGAAAUGA